CUCUGGACACCAUCUUCAAAAGAAGACAGGGUUUGUCUUUAAUUCGGUAUGAUGUGAUCAGACAUCAAUUCCUGUUGAACACAUUUUUCCACCUGGAUCUGUUGGACUCUUUCUCUGGCUCCAGUACGUGCUCCCAAGCUUUAUCCUUUCCCACAACCUACCCCUUUUUGUGUCCUUGGGCCAUGGUGCGAAAGAAAGGUUCCCUUAUACUAUGCGGUGCUUUUCUGUUUGUUGCAUGGAAUGCGUUGCUUUUGCUUUACCUUUGGGGACGCCCACCAAUUGGCCGCCUCGGGGAAGGUGGUGGCGCAGAACCAGGAGGAAAUGAGGAGUGGGGUCUAGUCAGAGGCAAAGGAAGCCGGAUCAACUUGGCAGGGGAGGUGAUCCGGCUGGCGGAGGAAGUUGAAAUUCAGCUUGAGACCCAGAAAAAGCUGUUAAAGCAGAUUGAAAGUCACAGGGCAGCAUGGUCUAAGCGGAAAGAUGUUGGGAAAAGAGAAAUGCCUGUUACAAAUCACGUCAUCACGCAAGCCGUUCACCAGCCUCCAAAGCCUCUGCUUCCUUUCAAAGACAAUGUGGACACCAAGGAUCAAACUCUAAAACACACUCUGAAGUCUUUUGCUACAGUAGCCCCAGAUGCUAAGCAGCAAUCCAAUAUAAUCAAGAUGGACAACACUGACAUCAAUAGGCCUUCAAGUUCUGUUGCAAGCCCAGAAGUCGUCAUUCCUAUCCUCGUUAUUGCUUGUGACAGAGUUACAAUAAAACGAAGUCUUGACAGACUGAUUAAGUACCGCCCUUCUCAAGAACUCUAUCCUAUUAUUGUCAGCCAAGACUGCGGUCAUACUGAAACAGCUGGCGUCAUUGGCUCAUAUGGCAAUCAAGUGACACAUAUAAGACAGCCAGACCUCUCAGACAUCAGAGUACGGCCAGAGCACAGGAAGUUCCAGGGCUAUUACAAAAUUGCCAGACAUUAUCGCUGGGCACUUAACCAAGUGUUCAACACUUUCUCGCAGUCCACUGUGGUCAUAGUGGAGGAUGACCUCGAGGUGGCACCAGACUUCUUUGAGUAUUUCCGUGCCAUGUACCCAAUCCUGCGGGCUGACCCAACACUGUGGUGUGUCUCUGCCUGGAACGAUAAUGGCAGAGACGCCUUGGUUGAUCCAUCCAAAGCUGGUCUUCUUCACCGGACAGACUUCUUCCCUGGUCUGGGCUGGAUGCUGCUUAAGGAAUUGUGGGACGAGCUUGAACCCAAAUGGCCUUCUGCAUUCUGGGACGACUGGAUGCGCCUGCCAGAGCAGCGCAAGGACCGCUCGUGCAUUCGCCCGGAAAUCUCACGAACGAUCACCUUUGGCCGAAAAGGUGUCAGUUUAGGUCAAUUCUUUGACCAGUAUCUACGCUAUAUUAGACUUAAUACUGACUUUGUGCCUUUUACCAAACAAGACUUCUUUCAUUUGAUUAAGGAGAAUUAUGAUGAGAAGUUUAUCAAAGAGGUUUACAAUGCCCCACUGGUGAAGAUAGAGGAGCUGCAACAGGGGGGGAAUUUAAGAGGACCUGGUCCCUACAGAGUGAGGUACUCUACCAGGGAUAGUUUUAAAGUCCUUGCCCGGAAUCUGGGGGUGAUGGAUGACUUGAAAUCUGGAGUCCCACGGACAGGCUACAGGGGUGUGGUUAGUUUCCUGCACCGUGGUCGAAGGGUGUUUUUAGCUCCACCAGAAGGUUGGACGCAAUAUGAUGCCAGCUGGAGCUGAGACCGAUCCAGUCUGUUCAGAACAAAGUGUUGAUGAGAUGGGGCGACUCAAAGGUGCACCCCUGGAGACCCAACAGCAUCCUUGUGGUUCAAGAAGGAAAUCCAACAGCGCACCAGUGGGACUGUGAGCUGGCCUGUUUGCCAGGAAGCUUCUCAAAUGAGGCGCUCACUCAGGAUCAGCUCGCGUAGAGGCCACGGAGUUAAAUCUCGUGAAAGAAAAAUUCCACUCUUGAACACGGCUUAAACAGCUUUUGGCAAAGUGCCUUUCUUUUUUGACCCAUUCAGUUGGGUUGUUAGUGUAUUUUGGAAUCACUUGAUGAUAGAAAUAGCCUGACAAAUCCACACGUUCACAGCAACCGUAAAUCAGGUUUGGCAAAGAGAGGAACAAUUUAUAUUUGAGUCAGCAAGGAAGUUUCAUAUUCCUGAGUAAGUGAAAAGAAAGGGGAAGCCAAAAAAAAAGGAGUUCUCAUCUUGGGAACUCUUUCAGUGUGCACAUAUGAAACUGAGCGUUAAGAUAAAAAACAAAAAAAUCAAUCAAUCAAUCAAUGAUAGGUGUUUAAAUCUGUAAAAGAAUAAAUGCAUAUUUGCUUAAAAAAAAAACAGCAAAGACCUUGAGAGAAAAACAUUACACACUUUUAUCGUUGUCAAAUUGUCACAAUGAUAUCCUAUCGCAAGAUGUUUUCCCCACCCACUCGCGUCAACACGUCGGAGAUGGGAUGCCGAUAGCUGCAUCAAUAGCAGUAAAAUUGUGUUGAAUUU